ACGCGCAUGCGCCUUUCCGCUUCUUUUUGGAGCAGCAAUGGCGUCCUCCUUGGCAGUGUGCAGGUUACAUAUGAUGGGAAGAGGCAACCUCGUGAAGUGUCUACAGAAGGUCGAUACAUUUCUGAUUAGGAAUAUUGGAACAAACGUUGCUUUGCAAGAAGAAAGGGAUGGAUGCAAAUCUUUGUAUGCUGUCCAGGCAGAGAGACUAGAUCAGGCAGAGAGAUCUGUUCUCAUCAGCUGCAACUCCAGAACCAAUGAGAAAAAGUUCCUCAAGUUCCUAUCAACACAUGGAAAUAUCAAGAAGUACUUCUUUUAUGAAAGCUAUGGAACGCAUGCCGUGGUGGAAUUUGCCAACCGGGAAAGUGUUGCCUCAUUAUUUGAGAUCACCACCAUCCCUAGCAUCAGCCAUGAAUCCUUGGUGCCUUUUAAAUCGAGACUGCUUACACUGAGGAACCUCGGCUUAGAUAAUUUACCAAACCAGCUAUCGGGCCAACAGAGCCAUUCACAAACCACCAUUCCCAUCAACCAGCUAAUACAGAAUCUGUCCGGAGAAGAAAGUAUGGACCAACAGAUAAUCUCCCUGACAAAAGCCUUUCAGCUAACAGAGGAGAACAGCCGACUGCGUUUUCUUGUCUGCUCUCUGCUCAAGGAUAUUGCUGCUGCUUUUUUCCCAGAAUGCACCAUCAAGCCAUUUGGCUCUUCCGUGAAUGGCUUUGGAAAGCUGGGCUGUGACCUGGACAUGUUUCUGGACCUGGAUGGAAUCAGUGGGAGAGAUACAAAGCUGCUAAAAUUAGGUAUGUCCUUGGAGUACCAGAUGAAGAUGGCCAACUCGGAGCGGGCCGUCACACAGAGCAUCCUGACAGUCAUCGGGGAGUGUGUGGAUCAGUUUGGGCCUGGCUGCGUCGGAGUGCAGAAGAUUCUCAAUGCACGAUGCCCCCUGGUCCGUUUCGCCCACCAGCCCUCUGGUUUUCAGUGUGACCUCACAGCCAACAACAGGGUGGCGAUGAAGAGCACAGAGCUGCUCUACCUGUACGGAGAGCUGGACCCUCGGGUGCGUUACCUGGUGUUCACCGUGCGCUGUUGGGCCCGAGCUCAAGGCAUCACCAGCAGCAUCCCCGGGGCCUGGAUCUCCAACUUCUCCCUCACCGUCAUGGUGCUGUUCUUCCUGCAGAAGAGGAGCCCUCCUAUUAUCCCAACCGUGGACCAACUCAGGGACCUGGCAGGUCCCGCAGACAAGAGUGUGAUUGAGGGGAACGACUGCACGUUUGUCAGCGACUUCAGCAAGAUCCAGCUCCAGAGCAACACAGAAACACUCGAGCAACUGCUGUGUGAAUUCUUUGAGUUCUACUCCACCUUUGCAUUCAAAAGGAUGUCAAUAAAUAUCCGAAAGGGCAAAGAGCAGAACAAGCCUGAGGUAUCCCCGCUGCACAUCCAGAACCCGUUCGAAACCACUCUGAACAUCAGCAAGAACGUCAACGCCACACAGCUAGACCGUUUUGUGGCUGUGUGUCAGGAGAGUUCCUGGCUGGUCCAGCAGAAUAAAAAACCCACACCUAGUGCUGGUAUUAAAGGAAAUGCUUUCGCACCUUGGGGACUAUCUAGCCUCCUUCUGCCCUCCCAGGUUGAAGGGAUCAAAAGGAAAGGAAAGAAAAGGAAAUGGGAGCCGGCCAGUGACAGGAUCAAGAACUUGCUGGAAUCCUUGAAGAAUAAAAAUCAGUAAAAGAAAAGAGACUCCUGGGGGAUGUCAGAAAUGUGCUCCAUCCGCUUGAUUAUCUCUUUAACUCGAGCCUUGGUGGACAUCUUCUGGUUUUAUUGUCUGGUGUCUCACUGUGGAGGCCAGGAGCAGCUUCAGCAGUUGAAUUCAUCUGCUGGAAUAUAGUUCCAAACAAGGACACUGGAGGGUGUUACUGAGGCCUGUAUGUGCAUAUGUUUGGGACCUGGAAUAAGUGUGAUUACUGUGUACUUUACUGUAGACUUGCCUACUCUAUUGUAAUUAAAGCCUGUGGAAACUGAUGCAAAUCAGAUGCUCAUAGUAAUGAAAACUGUAGAUUGAUUUACAGGUUAAUUUGAUUCAAAAUCUGUUGAACAUAGAUGUUAUGAUUUACACUGAUUACUAACAUCUGUUAACACCUCAAGCAAAAUUACUAUGGAUGCAUGUUUUGUAUUAAUGUUACGAUACAGAUGGAAUAAUCAAGAUUUUAUAGCAAACUGAAAACACUGGGUUUGUUUAUUAUGGCGCUCCAAAACUGACAGAAGGCAGUAAAAGGGUAUUGGAUGCAUCACAAAUAUAACUGAAUACAUCAGUACUACCAUAUUUAUUUCACAAUUCUUUAUCUCUGACUAGCUCAUUUUAUUUUUGAACUCUUGUUAUGUAAUGUCAUACUAAAGCAAAUCGAGGACUGCAAGGCAAGUUAGCUUACUAAGCACACUAAGCACCCACCUUUUCAAUUAUAGCAACUUAGCUGAAGCUAACUUUCAUCAUAAAUCUACACUAGACCAAGUUGAUGGUUAAAGUUGAUCAUUCAUACCACAUACAGCUGUAGCGUCGUGGUAUAAACUCUUGUAACUGUAGCUAAAGCAUUUUUAGCUGGCAAGCUAAGGGUAACAAGCCUCUAUGCUAACUAGCCAUUCACAGACACUAUACACUCUCCAUAACGUCAUCUUCCUGAAUAAGUUUGUGGAAACAGUCAUUUAAUGCUAUCAAUUAUUGAGUUAGCUUCAGCUAGCUAUGUACAGUUGCUAGCUGAAAAGGUGUUUGUUUUUUUAGGGCCUUUCAGGGUUUAUCUGUGUUCAUGUAUGCUAGCUAGCCACGUAGUCUGGUGAUCUAAUCUGAAACAUCUCUAAGAAUAAGGUACAUCUGAAAUUAUCCUUGGGGAAUAUAUAGGUUUAAUUUGUGUUCUAAACCUAUUGGUGGUAAAGGAAAACAAUUUUACCAAUUAAAUGGAGAUUAAAGUAUAUUUGUUUUUACACUGCAUUUGAA